GUUAGUUGCUUGUGGUAACUAAGGAAGGUGGCAUACAUCUCAGAACGUGUAUGCUUUCUGAGUUAACGUGUUGAACCGUUUUGCUUUUUUAAAUAUUUUCCUAGUAACACUUUCUUGAUGAUAUGAGAGUGGAUAUCAAUGCCUCACAGAAACAAGAGGUGGAACAUGUGAAUGAAUCGUCUUGGAACUAGAUGAGCAUUGGUUCUUUUUAAAGGGAUGUGCAAGAGGCAGCCUUGGCAAGAAAACUUGCUGCAUAAUCUUACAUGGACUAAAGAUGAAACUGUAAACCUCAAAUCAGCUUUGAGUGAACUUUGACAGAAGAUGUUUCAACAGUUUUAUCUCCGGACAUGUUUAGCUUCAGGGAUCAUCCUGGGCUCUCUCUUUGAAAUCUGCUUGGGCCAGUAUGAUGAUGAUUGCAAACUAGCUAGGGGAGGACCACCAGCUACCAUAGUUGCUAUUGACGAAGAGAGUCGGAAUGGUACAAUUCUGGUGGACAACAUGCUGAUCAAAGGGACUGCUGGAGGACCAGACCCCACCAUAGAACUUUCUUUAAAGGAUAAUGUGGAUUACUGGGUGUUGAUGGAUCCUGUUAAGCAAAUGCUUUUCCUGAACAGCACCGGGAGAGUUCUGGAUAGAGAUCCACCGAUGAACAUACACUCCAUUGUGGUGCAGGUCCAGUGCAUCAACAAAAAAGUGGGCACUAUUAUCUACCAUGAAGUGCGAAUAGUGGUGAGAGACAGGAAUGACAACUCACCCACUUUCAAGCAUGAAAGCUACUAUGCCACAGUGAAUGAGCUCACUCCAGUUGGUACCACAAUAUUCACAGGAUUUUCAGGAGACAAUGGAGCUACAGAUAUAGAUGAUGGACCAAAUGGACAGAUAGAGUAUGUUAUUCAGUAUAAUUCAGAUGAUCCGACAUCCAAUGACACAUUUGAAAUUCCCCUAAUGUUGACUGGAAAUAUAGUGUUAAGGAAGAGGCUCAACUAUGAAGAUAAGACUCGCUACUUUGUCAUAAUCCAAGCUAAUGACCGUGCCCAAAAUCUGAAUGAGAGGCGAACCACCACCACCACUCUCACAGUGGAUGUUCUGGAUGGAGAUGACUUGGGUCCAGUGUUUCUUCCUUGUGUCCUUGUGCCAAACACUCGUGAUUGCCGUCCACUCACUUAUCAAGCUGCCAUACCUGAGUUGAGAACUCCGGAAGAACUGAACCCCAUUAUUGUUACGCCACCAAUCCAAGCCAUUGAUCAGGACCGGAAUAUUCAACCACCAUCAGAUAGGCCAGGAAUCCUCUAUUCCAUCCUUGUUGGGACUCCUGAGGAUUACCCACGAUUUUUCCAUAUGCAUCCUAGGACAGCAGAACUUAGUCUCCUGGAGCCAGUAAACAGAGACUUUCACCAGAAAUUUGAUUUGGUUAUUAAGGCUGAACAAGACAAUGGUCAUCCUCUUCCUGCCUUUGCCAGUCUACACAUUGAAAUACUGGAUGAAAACAAUCAAAGCCCAUAUUUCACAAUGCCCAGUUAUCAAGGCUAUAUCCUGGAAUCUGCCCCAGUGGGAGCAACCAUUUCGGACAGUCUCAAUUUGACCUCACCUUUAAGAAUAGUAGCUCUGGACAAGGACAUAGAAGAUACAAAAGACCCAGAGCUUCACCUUUUUCUGAAUGACUACACCUCAGUCUUCACCGUCACACAGACUGGUAUUACUCGCUACCUCACCUUACUUCAACCAGUGGACAGGGAAGAACAGCAAACUUACACCUUUUCGAUAACAGCAUUUGAUGGUGUACAAGAAAGUGAGCCAGUCAUCGUCAAUAUUCAAGUGAUGGAUGCAAAUGAUAACACGCCAACCUUCCCUGAAAUAUCCUAUGAUGUGUAUGUUUAUACAGACAUGAGACCUGGGGACAGUGUCAUACAGCUCACUGCAGUCGACGCAGACGAAGGGUCAAAUGGGGAGAUCACAUAUGAAAUCCUUGUUGGGGCUCAGGGAGACUUCAUCAUCAAUAAAACAACAGGGCUUAUCACCAUCGCUCCGGGGGUGGAAAUGAUAGUCGGGCGGACUUACGCACUCACGGUCCAAGCAGCGGAUAAUGCUCCUCUUGCAGAGCGAAGGCACUCCAUCUGCACUGUGUACAUUGAAGUGCUUCCACCAAAUAAUCAAAGCCCUCCUCGCUUCCCACAGCUGAUGUAUAGCCUUGAAAUUAGUGAAGCCAUGAGGGUUGGUGCUGUUUUAUUAAAUCUACAGGCAACUGAUCGAGAGGGAGACUCAGUAACGUAUGCCAUUGAGAAUGGAGAUCCUCAGAGAGUUUUUAAUCUUUCAGAAACCACGGGGAUUCUAACCUUAGGGAAAGCACUGGACAGGGAAAGCACUGAUCGCUACAUUCUGAUCAUCACAGCUUCAGAUGGCAGGCCAGGUGGGACCUCAACUGCCACAGUAAACAUAGUGGUGACAGAUGUCAAUGACAAUGCUCCAGUGUUUGAUCCUUAUCUGCCAAGAAAUUUAUCUGUGGUGGAGGAAGAAGCCAAUGCCUUUGUGGGUCAAGUAAAAGCAACAGACCCUGAUGCUGGAAUAAAUGGUCAAGUGCACUACAGUUUGGGUAACUUUAAUAAUCUUUUUCGUAUCACAUCCAAUGGGAGCAUUUACACAGCAGUGAAACUUAACCGAGAAGUCAGGGACUACUAUGAACUUGUUGUUGUGGCAACAGAUGGAGCAGUGCACCCUCGUCAUUCAGCUCUAACCCUGGCCAUCAAGGUUUUGGACAUUGAUGAUAACAGUCCUGUGUUCACUAAUUCAACAUACACUGUCCUUGUUGAAGAGAAUCUGCCAGCUGGGACCACCAUCCUUCAAAUAGAGGCCAAAGAUGUCGACCUUGGAGCAAAUGUAUCUUACCGGAUAAGAAGCCCAGAAGUGAAGCACUUUUUUGCACUACAUCCAUUUACAGGAGAACUAUCCCUUUUAAGGAGUUUAGAUUAUGAGGCAUUUCCAGACCAAGAAGCAAGUAUCACUUUUCUGGUAGAGGCCUUUGAUAUUUAUGGAACAAUGCCACCUGGUAUUGCUACUGUCACAGUGAUUGUAAAGGAUAUGAAUGAUUAUCCUCCUGUCUUUAGUAAACGAAUAUACAAAGGGAUGGUGGCUCCAGAUGCAGUCAAGGGUACACCUAUCACAACAGUUUAUGCUGAAGAUGCAGACCCUCCUGGAUUACCUGCAAGUCGUGUGAGGUAUAGAAUAGAUGAUGUCCAGUUUCCUUACCCUGCCAGUAUUUUUGAUGUGGAAGAAGAUUCUGGAAGAGUAAUAACACGAGUCAACCUUAAUGAAGAACCUACAACAAUUUUUAAGUUGGUGGUGGUUGCUUUUGAUGAUGGGGAGCCUGUGAUGUCCAGCAGUGCCACAGUGAAGAUUCUUGUCUUACAUCCUGGUGAGAUCCCACGCUUCACACAGGAGGAAUAUAGACCUCCUCCAGUAAGUGAACUUGCCACCAAAGGGACCAUGGUUGGUGUAAUUUCUGCUGCUGCCGUUAAUCAAAGUAUUGUGUACUCCAUUGUUUCAGGAAAUGAAGAAGAUACAUUUGGAAUUAAUAACAUCACAGGUAUUAUCUAUGUGAAUGGACCUCUGGAUUAUGAGACCAGGACAAGCUAUGUACUUCGAGUCCAAGCUGAUUCCCUGGAAGUGGUCCUUGCCAAUCUCCGAGUUCCUUCAAAAAGCAAUACAGCUAAAGUAUACAUUGAGAUUCAGGAUGAAAAUAAUCAUCCCCCAGUGUUUCAGAAAAAAUUUUACAUCGGAGGUGUAUCUGAAGAUGCAAGAAUGUUUACUUCUGUACUCAGAGUGAAGGCUACUGAUAAAGAUACUGGCAAUUAUAGUGUCAUGGCCUACAGACUCAUAAUACCACCAAUUAAAGAAGGAAAAGAAGGAUUUGUAGUGGAAACAUAUACAGGCCUUAUCAAAACUGCUAUGCUCUUCCAUAAUAUGAGGAGAUCCUACUUCAAGUUUCAAGUUAUUGCAACUGAUGACUAUGGGAAGGGACUGAGUGGCAAAGCCGAUGUACUCGUCUCUGUGGUCAAUCAGCUGGACAUGCAAGUCAUUGUUUCCAAUGUGCCUCCUACUCUAGUGGAAAAAAAGAUAGAAGAUCUUACAGAGAUCUUGGAUCGCUAUGUUCAGGAACAAAUUCCUGGUGCCAAGGUCGUAGUGGAGUCCAUUGGAGCUCGCCGGCAUGGAGAUGCCUUUUCCCUAGAAGAUUACACCAAAUGUGACUUGACCGUCUAUGCAAUUGACCCCCAAACCAACAGAGCCAUCGACAGAAAUGAGCUUUUUAAAUUUUUGGAUGGCAAACUACUUGAUAUCAAUAAAGACUUUCAGCCGUAUUAUGGGGAAGGCGGACGCAUUCUGGAGAUCCGGACUCCAGAGGCAGUGACCAGCAUUAAAAAGAGAGGAGAAAGUCUAGGAUACACAGAAGGGGCCUUGUUGGCUCUGGCCUUCAUCAUCAUCCUCUGCUGCAUUCCUGCCAUCUUGGUGGUUUUGGUCAGCUACAGACAGUUUAAAGUACGUCAAGCUGAGUGCACAAAGACUGCACGAAUUCAGGCCGCCUUACCCGCGGCUAAACCAGCAGCGCCGGCCCCUGCACCAGUGGCAGCGCCCCCGCCGCCUCCGCCUCCGCCAGGUGCGCACCUCUAUGAAGAACUUGGAGACAGCUCAAUGAGAGGUUAUGGAUCAGAGCAACAGCAACUGCUGAGGCCCUCUCUUCUUAAACCAGAGGAAUUAUCCAUGGAGUCUGGAAUUGAUCCUGGCCAGGAAUAUGGACAAGAUUAUUACAGUUAUGAGCAUGGGUAUGAAAUGCCUCAAUAUGGGAGUCGCCGUCGAUUGUUACCACCAGCUGGACAGGAGGAAUAUGGGGAGGUGGUUGGUGAAGCUGAGGAAGAAUAUGAGGAGGAAGAGGAAGAGCCAAAGAAAAUUAAAAAACCAAAAGUUGAAAUUAGAGAGCCUAGUGAGGAGGAAGAAGUAGUUGUAACUAUCGAAAAACCACCAGCAGCAGAGCCUACAUACACAACAUGGAAGAGAGCCAGGAUAUUCCCAAUGAUUUUUAAGAAAGUUAGAGGAUUAGCUGAUAAAAGAGGAAUCGUUGACCUUGAGGGUGAAGAGUGGCAGAGACGCCUUGAGGAAGAAGACAAAGAUUAUUUGAAACUCACGCUGGACCAAGAGGAAGCAACAGAAAGCACUGUAGAAUCAGAGGAGGAAUCCUCCAGCGACUAUACUGAAUACAGUGAAGAAGAGUCUGAGUUCAGUGAGUCUGAGACUACAGAAGAGGAAUCUGAGUCAGAGACACCCUCUGAGGAGGAGGAGAGUUCUACCCCUGAAUCAGAAGAAUCCGAAUCCACAGAGUCAGAAGGAGAAAAAGCAAGGAAAAACAUUGUGCUUGCAAGAAGGCGGCCCAUUGUUGAGGAGGUCAAGGAAGUCAAGGGUAGGAAAGAGGAGCCACAAGAAGAACAAAAAGAACCUAAGGUGGAAGAAGAAGAACACUCAGAAGAAGAAGAAAGUGGACCAGCCCCGGUGGAAGAAAGUACAGACCUUGAAGCUCAAGAUAUCCCUGAAGAGGGCAGUGCAGAAUCAGCUUCGGUGGAAGGAGGUGUGGAAAGUGAGGAGGAAUCAGAAUCAGGUAGUAGUAGCAGUAGUAGCGAAAGUCAGUCUGGGGGUCCAUGGGGCUAUCAGGUACCAGCGUACGACAGAAGCAAGAAUGCAAACCAAAAGAAGUCGCCAGGAGCAAACUCCGAAGGUUACAACACAGCACUUUAAAAGAGAUCACAGUAGGUGGGAGUUUUGCUGUGAUGAGUGCUCUCGUGUGCAGUGC